AUGGGUGAUACACAGGAGGUCGACAUGGAGAACAAUGGCACUGCUAUACCCGCGACUUCUCAAGCUGGAAGCUCUGCAAGCCAAACGAGCCAUUCCGUGACAAAGGAAGCUACGUCAUCUGGAGAGCCGGGUGCUGCGAGUGACGGAGCAUCCCGCCGAGCUCGAGCACGACCGAAGAAGAGCCUCAAGAUCUUGGCUCCUUUGCAAAAGGACGACGAGGCGUAUGGUUCAUCACGAGCUGGAUCACCCGCAUCUUCACUGGAUGGCAGUUUCAAGCCAAGGCGUAACGCUCCCAGGCUCUCCGUGAAUGCGUCAAUACGAAAACCCGAUGAUCCUUCCAUAUUCGAGGAUAUGAUCCCCGAGGUCAACAUGCAACCACCGUCAUCUCCCCCGCCCCAGGCUCCUCCCGACGACCCAGCUCUUGCCCCUCUGAAACCAUACGAUGCAUCGCCCAGAUCGAUUUUCCGUCCCCCACCAUCUGCGGCUUUGGCCAUCUUCAACAAACCCCCGUCACCUAGCUUUCGUCUGGCUUUCCGUGGCCAGAAAUUAGCAGACAUACCUGCUAGCGGCUCUGGCAGCUCGCUGUCUUCCCUACCGACGAGUAACUCGGGCUUGUCCAGCUACCUUCCGGCAGAAACUACCCCCUUGACAGCAGUGUCCGCGUCCCUUCAUCCAUCGACCGCCGAAUAUAAUAACGAUCAACAGGAAGCAGAGUCUAGUAGAAGUGUCAUGCGAGCGACUACCCCUCAGAUGAUGGGGUCGGUCGUACGGGCCACUCGGGGGAGUCUUGUUAGCACCGAUACGUCGCCGUAUGCGAUCAAAAAGGCGGUCGUCAAGACUGCUGUGCGCAAGGGCAAAGCGAAGCAGGGAGGCCCUGGCUCCAGCCAUGAAAGCGUACCGAACAACGAUUUCUGCUCUGCUUGUGGUGGGAUCGGUCGGUUCCUUUGUUGUGACGGUUGUCCUCGUUCGUUUCACUUCAUGUGUUUGGACCCGCCACUCGACGUGGACCAGCUGCCUGAAGAGGACGAGUGGUUCUGCAAGCAAUGUGCAGCCAAGCGGAUACCAAAGAACCUCCGACAACCCAAGCAAGGCAUGUUCGGGCCUUUGAUGAGAUAUCUCGAAAAUACGAACCCUCAGGAGUUCAAGCUUACCGAGGACAUCAGGAAUACAUUUACGAACAUUCAAACUGGGUAUAACGGCGGCUAUCUGGAAAAUCACGAGCAAAAGCCAGUCAAAUUUGACCGCUCUGGAUUUCCCGAGGAGAAGGAUGUAUACAAGCUCAAAUCAAAGGGCAAGACUAUCACUUGUUUCCGGUGCAAGGGCUCUGCCGCACCGACGGGCCCAGGUGUGGCUGCAGGAGUAGCUAUGGGGAGGAGGAUACUCUCUUGUGACUAUUGCUCGUUGCACUGGCAUCUAGAUUGCCUGGAUCCGCCACCUCCGACGAUGCCACAUCCGAUGCGGAAAUGGAUGUGUCCUAAUCACGCCCAAUCUCUUCUUCCCAAGAAGCGGACUUUGAAGACGGGCAUGACCGAGGAGCUAGUGACUCGCCCGGGCGUGAAGAACAAUGGGAUCAUCGAGAUCCUCGAUCCAGAAGGCGAGCGCAAGCGCAUCGAGUAUGAGAACGCGUAUAUCAACGGUAAACGUUACAAGAUUCCCGAGAGGAUCAUUCAUCUGGAUUUCUGGAGCAAGAUCGGCAAAUCCAACGAAGCUGCUUCUGCCGAAGGCAAGCAUUCCGCUGAAUUUAUUUUUGGGGGACAGUCGCCACUGUCUACUGCUCCUUCAAGUCCCAUCAGCGAACGGGACAAACCGUUGCCAACGGACGGUCUGAACGAGAUGACCGAUGCCGAUCUAGAACCGGUGAUACGUGGCUUGCUCGAGUUGACUAGAUCUCAGCAGCGGUUGAACGGUCCCGACGAUGAGUUGACGAGCGAAACUGCGCUCGUGGCCAAUCCUUCGUUAGGUGAUACGGAGCGGGUAGACGACGACGACCAAUCAGUCCCACGUUUUGCUCAAUCAUCAAGGCCCGCGAGCGUCUCACCAGAAGCGGAGGAAUCUGUCGCGGACGAACUCAUCGUAGAAGAAUCCAAAGUGGAACAACAUGUUGUCGAAGCACCUAUCAAAGGAACACUUGUCGUGGAACAACUAGUCGUGGAACAACCUGUCGAGAAACAACCUGUCGAGGAACAACCUGUCGUGGAACAACCUGUCGUAGAACAACCUGUCGAGGAACAACCUGUCACGGAACAACCUGUCGUGGAAAAACCCGUCAUUGAAGUCAUUGAAGAACCCAUUGAAGUCAAGACGCCAGAAGAGGUAGCGCAGGCAGAAUCGCGCGGUGAGGAACCCCAGCCACCUAGCAUGCCAGACUUGGAUACGGUCAUGGAUGAUCCCCCCGCUUCACCUCCCAAGCUUGAAGCGCAGAUCGACCUGCCUAUCCAAGCGCAACCAGCAGCGCCAAUCCUCGGGGACGAAGACAUAUCGAUCUUGUUUCCUGAUCAGCCGUCGGCUGGCUCAGUUGACAUCCCUUGGAUGGAUCUAGAUCCUACCCUCUCUUUGCAAGAUAUCCUUGAGGCGGAGUCAUUGUCCGAGCCGCUUACAGCGGCGGCGACAUCGCAGCCUGUAGAAUUGGCGCAACCAAAGGAAUCAAUGCAAAUAUCACAACCGGCACUACCCACAAAAUCCGUUCAUUCGGUACAGGUUCUACCAAAUCAACCCGACCCCAGGCAAACUGCCAUUUCCAGCUCAGCUACAGCAUCUGGGCUAGCCCUGCCUGCACAGAGAGCUUCACGCCCUGUCACCAGGCUCCGGAAGAUCGCGCCUGCACUACCGGAGAAACUGCCCGAACCCAUACUGCAGCCCUCGGAGAACGGGGUUCUGGCGAGGGGGACGGCCGCUGCACCCGCAUCGCGGGUCAGCAGUACCAACGUGGUCACGCCGGCUAAACGCACGAUAUCGCAAGCUGCCUUGACGCUGGGCCCAGCGAGGCAAAGCCCAUCGAAGCAGCGGAUCAUCUCCGCUGCAGCUCCGCAAGGUUCACAGGAAGGGCGGACCGUUGGAAAGUCGGUGUCCAGCGCAGCUCAGGGCAGACUGGAUUCGCCUCAGGCAGUGACGGUCGGGCCUUUGCAGGCUUAUGCCAACCCUGGACAUGACCGCCAAGCUUCAGCAGGCAGUUCGUCACUAGCGAAAAGUGGGUCAACGCCUACCAAAAUUACGCUUAAGCUUCCCGGACAGAGCCAGCUGUCAGCCAGAAUGGCUUCUGCAAGAGCUGGCUUGACCGGGUCCCAGGCGGUCCCGCUGCAUCCUGUGCAAUCGAGCAUGAACCCUAUUGUCAAUGGUCACAACGCCUCCCCGGCUCAGCCAUGA